AAGUUCCGGUUUGUGCUUCCUUUUUUCAAGGUUGUUUGCAGCAUGAAAUGAUACACAUUUUAAUUUAAUCAUAAACUUGCAGGUGAUAUUAAAAAAGAGGCCAAACCAGCUAUGAGACUGACUUUGGUGGCAGGGAAUUAUUUAAAGAAAUAUAUCAACCGAAACAUAGCUGAGGCAACUGGAGUUAGCAUUAAGAAACCUUUCCAGGGCUGGAGGGAAAUUCGCAAGAAGAAAUGGUUGUACGGAGAGAAACAACCAUGGACGGAUGCCGCUAAAGACUUGAACAGACCUCUCAAGCACAACAGCAAGAUUUUCCUCGAGCCCAUUUCCGAUGAAGACUGGAAAAUCUUCAAGGAGAUCGGGUGGAGAUUCUUGUUGGACGAGACCGUGGGAAGCAGGGGCUGGUGACGGCCAUCGUCAAGGAGAGGAACUGGUGCUUUGUGGAGGGACUCAACUGUAAAUACCGAUGGGUGAACAGAACACCGACACAUUCUGGGAUGUUGUUGAAAGAAGAGAAACCACUGUUGGUGACCUCAGAGGUCACUCUUGUUGACCCAUCAGACAGCAAACCAACCGCGAUUGACUGGAGGUACACAGAGGAGGGGGAGAAGGUCAGAGUGUCUGCGAGAACCGGGAGGAUCGUCCCUCUGUCUAAAGUAGAGGAAGACCAAUCAUACGAUAUGGUGAAAAUCAGUUCAUAUGCAGAGAAAGAAAAGGACACCAGAGCAGCCGAAAUGAAAGCAGUUACUUUGAAGCCGAAACUGAGUACGUUUGAACAGGACAUAAUGGAACAGAUGGGGAUAAAGGAAGAGAGACAGCCAGUGAAAACGUAUUGGUAUUAAAUCGAGGAGACAUAUUUACAACUGUUCACACCUAAAGACAUUCUACCUGUGUGGAUAUCUUUGGAGUUGCUGAUAAAACUGUGUGUAUGUGAAAAGAUUGAUUGAAUGAUCUGAGACAGUACUUGUAGUUGACUUUCAGAGAUGAGAUGCUCAAAUAAUUAGGUAGCUAAGCUUAUGUUGGCCAUCACAUACAGGUCUUAUUUUUGUUGCAUCCAGAACACCGUUUAUUGCAAAUCAUUUUAAAACUAAAACAAUGAUUUUAAACUUGUGCAUUUUAAGCGGUGUUCUUUUUAUGGGAUUUGUCAUGAGAAAUAGGACAUGUCCUAAUCAGUAUGAUUUGGACACAACUUGUCGGACACGAUUUGAUUGCAUGUGACAAGUCAGUGCGACUAAUCACAUAAUGAGAACACCCCUUUAGCCAUUAUGCCUAGGCUUAGUGCCGUGUAUAUUUACAGCUUUUGGUCUCUGCAAUCUUCAGACAUUUUAAAAUUAUUUGCAGUAAACUGUGUGUUCUGAACAGGACAAAAACCAGAUCCUUAUAUGAAAUGACCAACAUACGAUUUGCAGAGAUUAACAUUGUCAAAGAUGAAACUGCCUUUGCAUUUUUGAUCAAAGAGGGGCUAUUAAAGAACAGCAUAUGCAUGUUGUAAACAUUGAUACGAUUAAGGGUCACUGAUCAUGAAAAACCAUUAUUUUGGGUACAUUUCUUCACACAGUCAUGUUAAUUAUCUUGAGGUAUGUUUGACUGGGAACCUAGAUUUACUGUAAAUUAUCAUGUAUUGAAAAAUAUCAAAAAUAUCAUUAGCAUUUGUGUACAGUUGUACUUGGAAUAUAUUGACUCAUAGUGCUAACAAUUUCUAGGCAAGAAAACAUUUUUAAUAUUUAGCUAAAAUUUUGUGGAUAGCUUUUCAUGUAGUUACAGAUAAAGUUUGGCAUUCAUGGUGAUUUACGCAUUUUUGACAGAGUUAUUGCCCUUGAAUUUAGGAGAUAAGAAAAUGUUUUGGGCCCUGAUAGGGGGCAUGUAUUACUUUAGCAGUACUCUCAGAAUACUUGUUAGAAAUGUAUUUUUAUAGAUGAUAUUAUCAUGCAACAUGUUUGACAAAGGAAAUUAAGAAUAAACUGAAUUUUGACAUGACAAA